AUGGUCAUUCUUUCAGAAAUCAAAAUUGGUAUUCAUCUAGAAAAAUUCCGCAAUAUCGAAUUAUUUAGACAAGGCUUAUAUCAAAUCAGGUUAAAAGUUUUUCAUUCUCAAGAUAACCACAUAUUUUUCGCUAAACCUAAAGAAGUCUGAAUCUUGAAUCAAAAACCUCGAAAAUGACUAAAAAAUGACCCGAAUCAUUUAAUUCCUGCCCAUAUCUCAGAUGAAACUCACUCAUUCCAUUCGCGUGCAUUUUUAGUUAGAUAUCAAGAAGAAGCAGUCAUUUUAGACGAAAUGUGUGUUUUUAGUUUAAAAAUCCCUUUUGGAUCUUUUACAACUCUACCCCUUAAAGUUGAAGCUGAACUGCUAUACACAAAUCUCGAAUUGAAUGGCCAUAAGGAUAAAAGAAAACUUAGGCUUUUAAGCUCAUCUCCUAAUUUUCAAUCAGUUGAGCGGAAGGUUUAUCUUAUAACAAAUGCCCUUAAUUCAGUGCAUCAAUAUAUGCCGUUAGGUUUUGAUCCCAAUUAUUUUUUGUUUAAAUUUAAUUAAUUAUUUGAAUUUUUUUUUCAACCCUCAUAUAAUAAAUAUUCUAUGCGCAACCAAUAAAAGAGCAUCUAAAUUAAAUUAAAUACCUAGUAUAAGUAAAAUAAUUUUACUGGUUUGCAUCAUAUAUAUGAAAUUGCUAUUUUAUUUUAAUUGCUAUUAUUUUUGCAUGUUUGAAGGAUCAAUUCAUGUGAUUUUUUCAAAUUACGAAAUAGAAAGCCAAAAUGAACUCCAAAAAUUCUUAUUUGGGGAUAGACCUUAUAUUGGAGGCUCAGAAGUAGAUCGGGCAUAUUAUCGCAUGUGCGAUCCUAUAAGACUGGCAUACGAAAGUAUUAGAAAUCUAAUCGUCAUGUUCAAUGAUCGGCUAUUUUUUUCAAACUCUGACGUAAAAUGCACUGUUCCACCUAUCAUAUCACUUCCUUUGUUCUGCCAAGGAUCAGAAAAUAAAGAAAUGAGUCUAUUUGAAGCGAUUGAAACUCAUGAACAAGAAAUUAUAUCAGAAUAUAUAUUUGAAGAAAUUAUAAAGCUUUCAGAACUUGUUAAACAGUCAUUUAAAGAACUUAUUAGGUUAAUGUCAUAUAAUCCUGAGCAUAUAUGCAGAUUUUUAAAAAAUAUUUAUGAUUUACAAGUAACGAAAUAUUUCCACGAAUAUAUCAUCACUGAAACUAAAGCUCCAGCCCUGCCUUCUUUAUAUAGAGAAAACUUGCCUGGAUUUUUGAAAAAAGCUGGAAAUAUAAGAGUCACCCCAUAUUUUUCUAAUUUAAUAGCUUUGCCUAUACAAGCUGAUGAUUUAUAUAACGAUAUACCUAAUCAUCCAAUAUUUUUCGUAGAAAGAUUUAAUUCAGAAAAAUUUAAGUUAGAGUCUGCUUUUAAUUUUGAAUUUGACAGCGCAAGAAUGCAAUCAAGUAUUUGUAAAAUUUUAGAUCUUCACUUGAUUGUGCUGGUUCAUGGCUACAGAGGAGGAAGCAAAGACGUAUAUCUUAUCAAAGGCUAUUCCUAAUUAUAUCAAUGAUAUAUAUUCAGUGUAAUAAAAUAAUUGUAAUUCUAUUGAUUUUAAAUACAAUACUUAAACUUAAUUUACCCUCAGUGCCACGUUAUAUGUGCAAAAAGUAAUGAAUUUUCCAGUGAUUUAACAUUAGUAAUCCAAGGUCAAAAUUUAGCAGAUGAGGUAACUCAGUAUAUCAUGGAAAAUAAAAUACCUCUUCACCGAUUAAAAAUCACCUUUCUCGCUCAUUCUAUGGGAGGAUUAGUUGUGAGAGCUGCUUUACCUUAUCUGAGUCGAUUUAAAGACGUUAUGUUCGCAUUUAUUUCACUAUCAAGUCCUCAUCUAGGAGUAAAGCACGCAGAUAGCUAUUUAUUAGAAUUUGGAAAAUGGGUUAUAAAAAAAUUUGACCAUUCUGACUGUUUUGAUCAAUUAACAAUGCAUGAUUCUGAAAACGUUAGACAGACAUUUAUUUACCAAUUAAGUCAGCUUGAAGGACUAGGGUGGUUUGAGCACGUCGUUUUAUUUGGCUGCUUUGAUGAUCCUUAUGUCCCUGAGUAUUCUUCAAGAGUUGAAGUGCCUGUGCAGUCGGCUCCUGAUAAAGACCUUGAAAAUGCUUAUAAAGAAAUGAUCACAAAUAUUUGGUCAAAAAUUGAUCCAACCAAAAUCACAAGAGUUGAUGUCCAUUUUAAAAACAGAGAAUUGUUUAAUUGGCUGAUUUGUUGCGGAAAUAUGCAUAUUGACUUCUUAGAUAAUUCUUGCUUCAUCAAAAUGAUGUGCUAUGGGUUUCCGAAUCUUUUUGCUUAA